GCAGAGCAGAUUUAUUUCCGGCGGCGCUUGGGCUAGGUCAUCGCCGCAAGCACCUGGACGGGCGGACGGCCGAGUCCACGCACAUCUCCGCGACUGCCAAUCCGCAGAUCUUGCUUCCUGCACACUGCGCGCCGAUCGAUGGAGCCCCACAAGAACAGGAAUAGGAACAGGAAGAGGAAGAAGAAGACCCAUGGAGGCAGCCGCAGCUCCACCGUGGACCGGCUGAGCGCGCUGCCGGACUGCCUCCUCCACCUGAUCAUGUCCCGCAUGAAGGCCCGGCAGACGGUGCAGACCUGCGUGCUGUCCCGCAGGUGGCGGCACCUCUGGCGCUCCGCCCCCUGCCUCCACCUCCACUGGGCAGAGUUCUUCGAGCCCAGCCACGGGCUCCCGACCCAGGAGGAGCUCCACCCGCCCCGGGAGCAGCUCGCCAGGUUCCAGGGCUUCGGAGACUCGCUCCUGCUGAACCGGGAGCCCGGCUCGGCCCUGGACACGCUGUCGCUGCGUCUGCGGGAUACGCACGCGAGCCGCAUGGAUGCCGGCAGAUGGAUGCGCCACGCCUGCAACCUCUCCUCCCUCAGAGCGCUUCGCUAUGAGAUCUUCGGCGUCGGCGAGUCUCCUGCCCGGAUGCCUCCGGAUUUGGGGCCCAGCCUCACACGGCUGCACCUCGGCAACCUGUCCCUGGACGAAAGAUUUGCGGGGGUGGUCGCCUCGGUGUGCGUGGCUCUUGAGGUUAUGGAAUUGGAAGUGUGCGAGAUCGCUUGCCGCCGUCUCGCCUCUAACUCGCUGCGGAGCUUGGUUAUAGAUGGUGGCUACAUCGAUGGUGACGACGGUCAUGGCGACUACCAGCUGGUUAUAACGGCUCCUCGUCUUGCCUCGCUGCGAUUAAUGCUCGACUGGGGGAACGAGUUCGUCACGGUAAGAGCAUCUCCAGCAACGGUCGUUACUAUAGGAUCCUUGCUUUUUUGAACGAGAAAAUUUCUUGUACGCCAUCAAAAUUUAGAGUGAUCAAUUAUACGCCAUCGAAACUUAAGCAAAUUGAAAUUUUAAGCAAUCCCUUCAGCGCCA